UUUAGCACGGCACCCUCAAGCCAAGUGAAGGGAACUCGAGCGUCCCCCCCGCCCCCGAGCCAGUCGCUGGUCCUCGCUGGCACGUGGGCGGGGUGUCCGUUCCGCGUGGGGCCGGAGUCAGGAGCGGGCGACUUUUCGGUGGCGGAGGCUCAGGGAGGAAGCGAUAACGGAGAAAGCGAAGCCCGGCCGUCUUCCGCGAGAGAAGGUGAAGGGGUGGAACGGAAACCCAAAAAGAAACGCGCAGUUGCUUUCUUUUUCUGUUCAGCUUGGAGCUACCGCUUGGAGGAAGUCAUCUCGACAUGGCUGUGAUUUCCAGCUAACUCAGGGAUGAAAGGAAAAACAGGAUUUUCAUGGAACCCAGUGGAACAGAGCAAAAUUUCUCCAUGUGAUCGAUACAAACAUGCCUGCUGCAUCUGUAGGGGGUUCCUUUAUGUUUAUGGUGGCCGGAGAAAUACCAGCUUGAGUGAUUUCUGGCGGUUCAAAAUAGGGAGUAAUGAAUGGGAGAAGCUGGAAAACUCAAAAGAUGGCCCAGAAGAACUGGAAGAGCACACAAUGGUGGAUUAUCAGGAUAUCCUGUAUAUCUUUGGUGGAAUGGUAGAUUCGGCUUUCACACAGAAGAGAAAUCCUCUAUGGAUGUAUGACACAGAUUCAACCAAGUGGAUAGCCUGCCAGCUCCCAGCAGUAGAGGGUGAGGUUCUAGUUCCUGUUAAUCGGAAGGGCCAUAGUGCUGUGGUCUACAGUGGCAAUAUGUAUAUCUAUGGGGGAUACAUUGACAUUAAAGGUGCUUCCCAAGAAUUCUGGACCUUUCAUUUCAGUACAAAACAGUGGGCCCCCGUAUCAGCUGCAUCCAGUGGGGGUAGCCCGGGUCCCCGACAUGGUCAUUCUGCUGUGGUUUAUGGCAAUGGCAUGUACUUGUUUGGAGGGUUAAUGAAACUGACUGAGCAGAAGGACUUCUGGAUGUGGGAUUUCAUAGCCACCAACUGGUCUAGUAUCAGGAAAAGCCAGGGGCCCCCAAGAGUGGUGGGCCAUUCUGCUUUAAUCUUUGAAGAUUCCAUGCUAGUCCUUGGUGGAGGCAUUUCUAGCACUAAGCCAAGUAGUACUUUGUGGCAGUAUCAUUUUCCAUCUCAAAUGUGGAAAAAACUGCCUAGCCCAAUGGCGCUUUCAUCCAAAGCAUAUCAUCACAUGCUAGGAACUGGAUUUGGUUUCCAAGGGGCUGCUGAUUCUCUGCUGAGAUCACCUGGCUGCUUGAAUUCUAAAGAAAAGGGUUGUUCAAAGUUACUGGCUCUUUCUAAACAGCAUGUCUGCUUCUGUGAGCAUCUUCACAGGGAGCCUACAUACCAGAUACUCAACAAUGAGGGUGCCUCUGAAAUAGAAAUGAAAACUUUUUGCCAGUCUUCAGAGAAGCUAGGAUUCUCUUCAUAUCAAACCACUUCCAGUGCAGAAUUGAAUUCGGAUCCAGCAGCAGAGUUGCUGUGUAAAGAAAGAACCUCGUAUCUCAGCAUCUCCAAGGAACAGGAGUUUGCCACCAUGGAUCUAACAGCUGGAGGGUCAUGCUUAGGCUUGCUGAAAAAUGAAUAUGGGGAUGUUUGUGAAUCCUCUGUUGUGAUGCUACUUGUUGGAGGUAAACCUCUGUCCAGUUCCUCUGCAAUCUCAUUUUGGCAACUGGAACUAAACAGAACGUAAAUGGCAGACCACUUAGAGACAGAAGACACAUCCAGACUCAGUGAAAUCAGUGUCUAGGAAGAAUCACCGGACAGUUCUUGCUUACAAUUGUAUCAUGAAACCUAAAUUCACACUUUUUUGUGUGACCACAAAGUAUUUGGGACUCCAUAAAACAUUUUACUAGGAAAAUCUUUUCAGCUCUUUGCAGCUGUGCUCUGUAGACAACUUGGACCUGCACAUGGAGAUGAGCCAGUGUGGUUACAGAGCAGCAACAGCAGCCAUUGGUUGCAUUCAUUUUUUUUUCUUUUUUUGUGUGCCAUUUCAAAGCCCUUCACAAACUAUCUGCAUCACUCCUACAAGGACCCCAAGAUAAUUCCCGUGACUAAGAUAGGGUUAGGUAAUUCAGUUCAGUGGCUGUGUUGGCAUGACAGGCUUACAUGCUUACCCAAGGAAAACUUAAACUUGACCAUCACUUAUUCAGCAAACCCAAUAUUCUGGAACUGCACAAUGUAAACUAGUCUUGUGGAUUCCAGUAUAUGUUAGACUAACAACUGUUUGGCUACUUAACAUGCUAACACAGUUAGGGGCUUGCUCUGAAUAUAUUCUUGAAUUUGCAGUUGAGAUAUUUGAAGCGGAGCUUUUCUUAGCAAAUGCUCAGCCAUCAUGCUACACUAUUUAAAACUGCAUCAUUGCUAAACAUGAAAUCCAUCAGGCUUCUAUAUUAGUCCCUCUGACCCAAGUUAAAAUGCCAGGGCCAUAUAAUCUGCUAGAUCUAUAAAAGAGUCAUUGGGCCUGUUCCAGCACAGUUCAGAAAGUUUUAAUUCAUGUGAAGUAGGGUUCUCCAGUUGCUAUGGCAGCUUUUCCCUGGCCCCACUACUCCAGAGAGUAGUGGCAUGCAGGUAAUUACUUCUACAUUAACUGGAGGGAAGCACGUGAUGUGCACGGAAGUGCUCCCUCCCCCACUUGGAAGAGGCCUGGAAAUAGAUUUGGAUCAGGAUUCUUGAUCACUAAUAGGUUUAUAAACAUAUUCAUCCAGAUACUCUGGCCAUACCUGUUUAUAGUUUUAUGCUAAAUAUCACAUAGCUUUCUAGAAGCAGCUGGAUGCAUAGUAGGAAUGAGGCUUGUGUACAUGCCAAGAUCUCCCCAUUUGUGGCUUGCUUGGGUGAGGGCAAAAAUGUUUUAUUAGACUAGAAUUGACCCAGCAUUUUCUUUCCCUAAGCUGUGCAGUAAGAAGCUUUGCUUCUUUUGUUGUGGGUGUGUUUUUUCCUUUCUUUUGUGGGGGGUUAUUAAAACCUACCAAUUUGCAGUAUUCCAUGCACGUGUGAUGAAUGAAGUCAGCCUAAGGCCUUUUUCCUAAUAUCCUCUUAUUGGCUCCCCUACCAGCUAUGCAACCACUGUUCUAGAAAAUGCAAACAUAGCUGGGCAUUACAUCACAUAGGAAUUGCUUGAUGUCCUUCAGUGAUGCUUUUUGUGUUGUUUUCUGUGAAGUUCAUGUUCCCAAGAACGCCUAGGCAUGUUUUAUUGUUUCCAAAAUCCUAUCAGACAGGAUUUUGGCAAACAGCCAACUGUACAGAGAAGUUUGGAAUUGAGGGUAGAACAUGGAUGGUCAACCUCUCAUGUAAGUCCAGGGAGAGGCACUUUUGUGCAGAGUAGGAAGGGGAUAGUAAUCUUCAGCUGGCCAAAUAUUUUACUGAUUUAAUGUUUUCAGUAAAGGUUUACCAAAUGUAAAGGUCCCCACUGGGUUGAUCUUCACUCUGUGUCAUUCCAUGGACAGGUCUAUGUAGUUUCCCUGGCAAGCAUAUACAAGGGGUUUGUCACUUUUUUUCCUCCUUCUUGCCCUAGCCCUGGGAUUUUCCAGGAGUCCCCCAUCUGGAUUCACUCUGCUUAACAUUUUGGAAAUCAGCAAAAUCAUUAAGCAUUUGCUCAUUUUUAUUUUGCCAUCACAGUGCUGCCAGAAGUGAUUUUGCUGAUACUCACUGAACUGCAGUCUGUAUGAAAUAUGUUAUACAAUGAGAAAACAAUCCCUUUAAGUUACCCUUUCUUAAUUUUUGAGAGAGAAAAUUGUGAAGUACAUAGGAGCAGGGAAAGCCUGCACUGUGCCUUUUUGAUACUGCUUUUUCAUUUAAGAAAAUGGCUGUUUUGUAUGCUAUAAAAGUAGCUAUGUUUAUUAAUUAUAAUUGUAUUUUAUAUCUUAUGAAUUCUUACACUAAAACUAAACUAUAUUAGUUUAAUUAUGUAUAUGUUAUUUUCUGUCCUUUAAAUUGCUUUGUUAAAAAUAAUGUAUUUUUGAUUCUUUAAUGGUGGCAUAUUGAGAAAAAGCCAAAAAUAUAUGCUCAUUGAAUGAUUUGCAGCUUGGCUGGGGAUUACUGAAGACUUGAUAUGUUGUAAGACACAUUUCCUGUAGCACUACAGCUGGGAAACAAGAUCUACUCUUCAUUUGCAUGCUGACUGUUCCCAUUAGGGAUGAAAAGUCAAAUAUACUGCAUUUGAAAACAACUUGUCAGGCUCUGAAAUAAAAUACC